UCACGCGUACAUUCCACAUGCGCAAUGUCCGCGCUCUCUCCUGUGGCCGGCAUUUCUGCUCGCGCUUUCAUUUCCAGUUUCUUGAGCCACCAGAGAGCCGGGUGUGUUUGUAGAGUUCGUUCCACGCGUUCGUAAAUUAGUUUGUAUCAAACCACUAAACCAUGAGCCAUCCUCUGUCGGAUAAAAACCGCAAGAAUGAAGAACGCUCGUUCUACAUUGACUACGACCGGGAUACCUUCGUGAUGGAUGGGAAGGACUUUCGCUAUGUUUCGGGAUCUUUUCAUUACUUCAGAGCUCUGCCCCAGACAUGGCGAUCGAAGCUGCGAACCAUGCGCGCCGGAGGGCUUAAUGCCGUCGACUUGUACGUGCAGUGGUCACUGCACAAUCCCAAGGACAAUCAGUACGUAUGGAACGGUAUUGCCAACAUCACGGACGUCAUUGAGGCCGCCAUCGAGGAAGACUUGUACGUGAUUUUGAGGCCUGGGCCUUAUAUUUGUGCGGAGAUUGAUAAUGGUGGCCUGCCAUACUGGUUAUUCAACAAAUACCCAGGAAUUCAAGUCAGAACCAGUGAUGCCAACUACAUCAAAGAAGUGAAAGUUUGGUAUGAAAAGCUUAUGUCCCAGCUGACACCCUACAUGUACGGCAACGGUGGUCCCAUCAUCAUGGUUCAGCUCGAGAAUGAGUACGGAGCAUUCGGAAAGUGUGAUAAACAAUAUCUUAACGUUCUGAAAGAGGAAACGGAAAAAUAUACCCAAGGAAAGGCCGUUCUGUUCACUGUGGACAGGCCUUACGACGAUGAAAUAGUGUGCGGACAAAUUCCCGGAGUGUUCAUCACUACCGACUUUGGACUGAUGACGGACGACGAGGUCGACACCCAUGCGGCCAAGGUUCGCUCAAUCCAGCCAAAGGGUCCUCUGGUCAAUACCGAAUUCUACACAGGUUGGUUGACGCACUGGCAAGAGAAGAACCAGCGACGUCCUGCUGGCCCGUUGGCUGCUACUUUGCGUAAGAUGCUCAAGGAUGGAUGGAAUGUUGACUUUUACAUGUACUUUGGAGGAACAAACUUUGGCUUUUGGGCUGGUGCAAACGACUGGGGUCUGGGCAAGUACAUGGCCGACAUUACCUCGUAUGACUAUGACGCUCCUAUGGACGAAGCUGGAGAUCCUUCGAUGAAGUAUACCAUCUUCAGAGAUAUCAUCGGGGAGUACAUCCCACUUCCCCCUGUUCGAGUGCCAGACCGUGCCCCAAAGAUGAAACACGAACCGGUGUUGUUGUCAAGCGUAGAAAGCAUCCUGAGCACCAGCUCCAGAAAUCUUCUCGGGACACCCACUCUUAAGUCCGAUAAAUUGCUCACCUUUGAGGAAUUGAAUCAAAAUUCUGGAUUUGUCCUCUACGAAACAACGCUGCCCAAAUUCACACGUGAUCCAAGCCUGCUGACCAUCAACGAUUUACGUGACAGAGCUCAAAUUUAUGUCGAUGAGUUUUAUCUGGGCACCCUAUCUAGAGAAAACGCAAUCAGCAGCUUACCAAUAUCGGCCGGUUGGGGUAGCAAGCUCUCUAUCCUGGUAGAAAAUCAAGGUCGCAUCAACUUCGAUGUUCUCGAUGACUACAAGGGAAUCCUCGGCAAUGUUACCAUUCAAAUCUACGACGAGCCGUACACGCAGGAGCUGUCCGAUUGGACCAUCACCGGUUAUCCGUUCGACAGCUACGACAAAUUCACGCAACUGUUUGCCACCCUAAACGAGGGAGCAGGACACGGCGUGAAUGGAAAGGGAGCCGCAAUUCACGGUCCAGUGACAUUCAAAGGGGAACUUGUCAUCGAGACGAGCGAGAUCCACGAUACCUAUUUCGACAUGACUGGUUGGGGAAAGGGUUUCAUCUUUAUCAACGGAUUCAACCUGGGAAGAUACUGGCCCGUGGCGGGUCCCCAGGUGACCAUGUACCUUCCGAAGGAGCUACUCAAGUCCGGUGCGAAUGAAAUCGUGCUUGUUGAGCUGCAGAAGGCUCCCACCGAUAAAAUGGUUCACUUUGCCGAUAGUGCCAUUUUGGAUGAAGCUUAAAUAUUGUUUAAUUUUUUAAAUAUAAAAUAAACCUAUAA